AUGAAUGGUGUUUCUGAAGAUGCUUUCAAGCUGAAGCUAUUCCCUUUCUCUUUGGGAGACAAGGCACACCAAUGGGAGAAGACUCUUCCAAGUGCCACUGUCACUACUUGGGAUGAGUGCAAGAGAGCUUUCCUAGACAAGUUUUUCUCUACUUCAAGGACAGCUAAGAUCAGGAACGAAAUCUAUGGGUUUCAACAGAAAAGUCUAGAGAGGUUCAGUGAAGCAUGGGAGAGGUUCAAGGGCUAUUGGUCUCAAUGUCCUCAUCAUGGUUUCAGCAAAGUGAGUUUGCUUAGCACCUUCUAUAGAGAAGCUCUAUCACAGUGCAGAAACAGACUUGAUACUGCUAGCAAUGGUUUCUUCUUGGGAAGAACUGAGGAAGAAGCAGAGGAACUGACAAAGAAAGAGCUGAAGUCUCUCCAAGCCAAGUUGGAUCUACUUCUUGCAGAAAAUGCUAAGCAGGAGAAGAUGAACUUUGUUGGUGACCAGAUUCAAGAGGCACCUCCAGUGAUCAAUGAGGCCAGAAAUGAGAAGACCAUGAUUUAUGAGUUCAAGAACAUCCAUGCAAAGAUUGAUGAGAAUUAUUCUGACCUCAACAACAAGUACAUGCAACUUGCCUCUCAUCUCAAAGCUUUGGAGAAUCAAGUUGCUUCUAUGCCUUCAUCCUCCAAGCAGCCAAUGGGGUCUUUACCAGGAAAACUAGAAAAGAACCUCAAGGAGUCUUGCAAUGUUGUCUUCUCCACUACUUCUCCAAAGAUUGAGCUGAGUGAUCAUGAGAAAGAGGAGGAUGAGAUUGAAAGAUUAGUAUGUGGAACUGAGUUUGGGGAAGUUGAGAGAUUUGUUGUAGCCACAGCUGAAGCACAAAUUGUGAAAGAUGCUGCCACAAAGGUUGAAGCAACGAAUCUGCAAAGAACUGAGCACAAGGCUGACAACAAGCUGAAAGAGGUUAAGCUAGAGGAAGCAACUAAGGUUGAGCUAUCACCCUAUGAUAAACUCCCUUUCCCCCAAAGAGUUCUCACCAAAGCUCAGAAGAUGGUGCUCUCCAAGUUCAGGAAAGAUCUUAGUGAUGUUGGGGUCAAGCUUCCAGAAAUCUCGGGUAUGCGUGAAGCUCAUGUCCAGAUGAUGCUCAUCAAUGACAUUCUAGACCACCAAGCUGAAGUGGCUGAGCUUUUGGACAUCUCCAUUAUGAAGAUUGAUCCACCAAUCCCUCCAAAGUUCCUCCCUAAGAUUAAGUCUCAAGGGAUGUUCACCUUGCCUUGCUACCGUGGUAAGCUCACUUUUGAUGAUGCUCUUGUUGAUUCUGGUGCAAGUGUUUAUAUCUUGGGUUUGGGAAGUAAUAAAGUUGAGAUUGAUGAACAAAAUAUUGUCAUGAGAAAGAAAAGCCCUAGGGACCUAGAAUAG